CGUUUCACAUUGCAUUGAAUUUCAUUCUUUAGUGAGUUGUCAAUGAUGCGAGUUUAACUUAGAAUUACUCAGAUUUAGUUAGAGCUGAAAUAAAAUUUUAUAGAUAAUGACAGUGGUGAGGUGCAGUCAAAAAAAUGGAUUAUGGUGUCUGUUUUUAUUAGGUUUUGCGAUCCAUUAUGUUGAAACGUAUCGGCAUCCUGGCGAGUCGUUGUUCCUUCCAGAUGAAAGAACUUCUUUAGAUGAUUGCCAUCUGCGAUUCUACCAAUUUAACGGAUAUGGAGGAGGUGGUAUCGGUGGGUUUCCUGCGACGCAGUUCGAGUUCGCUCAUAUGGGUGCCAUCGGAUGGAUCCAACCAGGGAACGACAAAAUCCUCUGGCAAUGUGGAGGAUCUCUUAUUUGGGACAAUUUUGUUCUAACGGCGGCGCAUUGCGUGGUCGAUUCGAGAAACGCACCUCCGGAUGUGGUCCGCUUUGGGGACUUAGAUAUCUUCUCUACCAUAGGCGAUGAGUUCGCCCAGCAGCUUAAAAUAGUGGAAAUUAUUCGACAUCCUAGCCAUAGGUUUGCGAGUCAUUAUCAUGAUGUAGCACUGUUGCGAUUGGAAAAAGGUGUCCGUAUAAAUGAAGCAGUUAUUCCAGCGUGUUUGUGGUUAAACACCGAAGUACCGUUCAAACGAAUUCAUGCAACUGGUUGGGGUAAUGUUGGAUUUGUUGGAAAUCAGUCACCGGUUUUGUUGAAGAUGGAACUCGAUCCAAUAUCAUAUGAAGAGUGUAGUAAGGUUUAUAAUAACGUAAGCACUAGAAAGCUGAAACAUGGCUUAGUGGAUCAUCAUAUUUGCGCUUUCCAUGCUGAUGCUGAUACGUGUGAGGGUGAUUCCGGUGGUCCGCUCCAAGUCAAGUUGAUGCACAACAUGCGCCAAACACCGUUCAUUAUUGGCGUAACCUCGUUCGGAUUGAUCUGUGGCACAUCAACUCCUGGUGUCUACACUCGAGUGGCCAGCUAUCACCAAUGGAUCAUCGAUACAAUGCGUAAACGUGGGGCAGACGUUGAUGAAAAUACUUACAAUUCUACAACAUGUGUGCACAGGCACAUCAAAUAUCGCGAGUUCUAUGAUGGAGUUGUGGCUUACCGAGAGGGUAAUGGUUCAGUAGGAUUAAAUUAUUUUAAUUAUAUGUUCAGUACGAGAAACGGUGUACCUUCGGGUCUUGCGAAACUUGGAUGGUCCGAAGGGAAUGGUAUUAGUGAUUGUGCUGGAGUAAUCGUUGACGAGGACACAGUUCUGACGGUGGCAGAUUGUGCGGAAUCAAAUGGAAUCCUCGUUGAAAGGAUCGUCCAUCCAAAGAUCGUAAAUAUCUCGAAAGUUUAUAUCCAUCCACGCUACAAAAAGGGGACAAGCUAUAACAAUAUUGCAGUUUUGAAGUUGGAUUCACUAUUGGACAUCCGGGUUGCAAAUCCACGUUGUAUCUGGGUAGAUCGAGACCUGCCUUUUCGUGAUGCCCAAGUAACCGGAGUUGGACGGGCAGAUUUAAUUGAAGCACUGUAUGCUGGUUAUAAUUUUACAAUAGAUCCUGCAUAUGUAUAUCUCACACUGAGAAACAUCCUAAGAAAUAGUUCCAGUUGCAUGGUCGGGGAUCGUGCAAUGUCCAAAGUCCAGCAUGGAAUAGCACAAGAACAUGUUUGUGCUGGCUACGAUUUAUAUAUUGUACCAGAAAUGUGUAGUCUAGUUCGCGGAGCGGCCAUUGAACGAUACAUGGAAAGAGAAGAACGUUUAUACACGUUCACGUUAGCGUUAUCUCAGUUUGGGAAAGAUUGUGGCUUUGGAGAUCACAUGAUUGCAACCCGUCUUGCUAGUCAUGUUGAAUGGUUGAAUUCAAUCCUUCUGCCUAAAUAUCGAGAUUUCGGCAGUAAACUACAAUUUGUAGACCCUGACCUGGAAGAACAGGACCGUUGUGAGGUGGACUCUGAUAUGCCAGGGAGAUGUGUAAGGCUCUCAGAGUGCUUACACUAUUGGCAACACGAAGCUCACUCGGGCAAAGUGGUAUUCUGCUCCUCAAGUAAAGUGAUCUGUUGCCCCAAUGCGCUGCUUGAGAGAAAUGCCUCUAUAACGGAGAAAACCGAACUGGAAAGAUGUCCACAAAUCGUCCACAAUUUAAAACCUUUCGACAGGAAUGGAUCACUUGUUCAAAUCGGUUUUGACGCCAAAGAUUGGUACGACUUUCGGUGUAUAGGAUCUAUAAUCACAGCACAACUUAUUUUAACUACAGCCAGUUGCUUUCGAAAUGAGGUUCCACUUGUGGUACAACUCACACGCAACAAAACUAUCGUUCCUAUAGAAGCGAUAAUUGUACACAAAGGCUACAAUGCAACGGACCAAUCUAAUGACUUAGCUAUUAUUAAACUGUCAGAACCGUUAAUUUGGAGCUCACAUCUUUUCCCAAUAUGUCUUUGGACGAACCAAUCGCAUACGCCUGUGAUCAUGAGACUAAUCGAACUCACCAAGUUCCGUAAUGUGGAAAAACUCGACCAUGAAGAAUAUGACGCGAAGGUGGCAAAUGGUAACACGUUCAGCACUAGAUUUAUGAUGCCUCAAUACAAUACGGAUUGCCAACGGGUCCAUCCGUUCCGGUUACAGUCAUCGCAAUUGUGCGCCAGAGAUCCUCUAAAUGGCAACACUUGUGCCAGAUCAGGUGACGCGUUGCAAGCGGACGGCAUAGACGGGAUUUUCUAUUUGGUGGGAUUGGCACAGCCCAGCGUCGUUUGCGGUUCCCAGAAAUAUAUUACAUUAACUAGGAUCUCCCGACAGCUGAAUUGGAUUAAACAAUCUCUGGAUGCAGAUUAUUGGGAUUUCUAAGCAUUUGAUUAUGGAAAUUGAUUGAAAAUAAACAUAUUAUCAUAUAUAUAACCUAAAAUAUUUCGAUU